CACCGUCUUAUCCUUUCAUCUAACCUUCAUCAUACGACAAGGCUUCACAUAGUUCGCUUCCUGAAUGAAACAUUCUGCUACAAUGCAGGCUUGCAUCUUUCUCUGACUGGAUGAUCCUUCAUUUUGCCCUUGGUGACUCAUGCCUUUUGCCUGGCGGCCCCAGCCCUGCACAGAUCAGUCUGAGUCGCUAUGUCAAGGAAAAAUCUUCAGCAUCCUUAAUAGAAAAUAACACACGACCCACUAAACAACUUAAGAAUAUAGCUCAUUUACCGUCUCUGAUUCUCCCAGGUGCUUGCGGUCAAAAUUAUGCACCUCGCUACUUACAGUCUCUCCGCUUUCUCAUCACUCCUUUAAACUCAAUGUGACUAGACAAGUGCGUUCCACGCUGUUCUUGUUUUCUCCUCGGCAUCUCCGGCGUCGUGGUUACUGCCAAGCAUCCAGAUUUACCCAGAUGCUUCCGACCGGGAUGGGCUGUCGAAACAACAAUCCAUUUCUGUCACCACUCUGACUGAUGCAUAUAUAACCUUCUACAGCUGAAUGGCACCUCACACGACAACCAUCCUCGAUGACACCCCUAGCACUUCUCUUCCCAGACUUUGUGAUGAGAAGUCAUAUUUUCAGCCAAUAAAGGGACGACCAUCAACGGAUUAUGAUCGGGAACUUCCCGUUUCGCUACUCCCUUGUGACACCCGUGUCAACCCUGCUCCAUGCAAGGCUCUGGCAUCGACCAGCUUGUAGUCAUGUUACCCAUACCACAGCAUGCUAUAUCCGUUGUUGCUCACCUUCUUUUCCUCCAAUUUCAUCUUCCUUUCCUUUCUUUUUCCUUUCGGCGGCCAAUGUACUUUUUUUAAGUCUAUAACUUACCCUCGCCGACUGAAUUGAGUUCAGGUCGAGCGAUCCUAGCGUUCCCCGUACCAGGUUCCUUCGUUUAGGUUGCAAUGUCUGGAACGGUGGACCUCCCCUCCGCUGCGGGGUUAGCGUUGUACAACGCUCUCAUCAGCGAAUUACAGGAUGCAUUCGCGACUCGAUACCUUAGUGUUGCUGGCCUCGUUGUCCUUCUUUAUGAUCAUGUUCUUACAUUCAACGACGAAGUGAGCCUUGUAUGGCGUGCACCCGCUUCAUUCCCAAAAUACGCGUUCCUCUUCAAUCGGUAUCUCGUUUUGGGUUGCUUAUUGGCUGUCGCGUAUGAGAUGUGCGGGUUUAUAGGUAUCACGCUGUCGGACAUUGGGUGCAGGAGCCUUCUUUUUACCACCUCGAUCCUUGCAAUCUUUUCCAUUGGUAUUGCCAACAUACUGGUGCUAUUACGGGUUGUGAUAUUAUGGGAUCAUAGACCGAUUGUCGUUAAGUUGAUGACCGUAGGCUUCAUUACGAGUUUUUCCGCUCAAGUGGUCACCCUGGGCUUCAGUCUGUCUAAACUUGCUCCAAAUGUUGUAUGGUCAACAGAAGCACAAAUGUGCAUUACUACGACAACGACGCCGAUAUUCGUUGCUGUUUGGGCAUGUCCGAUGUUGUACGAGAUUUUGGUCUUAUUUUCUACAGUUCUGAAUGCUUUGGAUCGACCAAGAGGUGCACAGCUGCCAAUCACCAAGGCAUUGUAUCGAGAUGGAAUCAUAUACUUCGUGGCUCUGACAGGCCUUCGAGCUCUUAACCUAGCGUUUGCAGCUCUAAGAAAACCUGCACUCGUUAUGCUCGGUGCAUUCUUCGUCUGGGCAAUGACGACAACAGUAUUGAAUCGAUCCCUUCUUCGCUUGCGGCAGGCCGAGGUUGAGGAAGAUAUACCCCCCUCAAGCGGUCGCGCAUCGCCAUUCCAUUCGCGCAAGUCCACGGUCGACAUUGAAACUCCAAAACACUACAGGCCUGCUCGAUUCAAACCCUGAUUCUUCUCCACCCGAUGACAUGUACUUUCAAGAGGACAAUUCGCUUAACUAUUAGGACUAUUCACGACGCACACAUGCGACCACGACCCUUUUCACUUUCAUUUACUACCGUUUUAGCCCUUCUGCCGUUUCGUGUUUGGGGCUUCAGAACUUGGUCUGACUUUGACUCCAACGUGUACUAAUAUAUUGUGUGUCUGUUUGUACUGGUACCACACCUUUCAUACCGUGUACAUUGCUUGAAGGAGAUGUCAGAUUGUCAGAUUGCCUACGUUUGGUCGUG